AAUCGAUUGAAGUUCAUACACCAACUGGUUUGGUCUAUAUUUAAUCCAGAGAUUAAUAUUUAAUUUAAGAGAUUUAAAUUAAUAGCAAAUCUAAAGAGAUCGUCCAAUGACCAAAUAUACACCACUCUGUGUUUUAUUCAAAGAAGAGUCAGGUUUAAAAAAAAGUUAAGAAUUUAUUACUAACAAUUUAAAGAUGACAAUUUAAAAGACAAUUCAUAAAUGACAAUUUAUAAAAGCUUUGGUAUUAAAACUUGGUAUUAAAGCAAUCUGUGUCUGGAUGAAACAAAAAAUGAAGUGUGUGUGUUUGGAUGUGUGAAUGUAGGUCUCCGAAGGUUUUUUUAUAUUUGAGAGAGAAAAACGCGUUCUGGGUGGUAGAAUUUGGUUUGCAGCUUAUUUUUUUAAUACUCAUUACCCUAGAUCAUUUAUGUCCUGGAUGUGACAAGACCUGGAAGUGAGCUCAUCAUCAAAGACGGACCAGCUUGCCUUUCCAGAAGUGACAUCUUGACCCUUGGACUUCAGAGAGACAUGGAUGCAAUGAUAGGGAAUGCAUGUCUCAGGAUAGUCCGGGAGAUGGCAAAAAUGCAGGGACGGGGUGUUUUUAUCGCUGACCUGCAUGUGACACGAACGUGGCUACCUCCCACCAACUGCGACCCCCCGCUCCAUUUCCCAAAAGAUGCCAUCAUCAUCCUACUAUGGAUUCUAGGGCAUUUUCUGCUGAGUCUUUCCACCCAGAGAGCAGCUGAAGACCAAAGAAGAGUCAGCAGUGAUCUUGUAUCAUUUAUCACUCAGGAUAAAGGCCUACUGCUACAUCUGGAAGCGAUCAUCGCAGGAAAAGUGUCAUCCACCUGGGCUUCAUCAAAGGGCAGGGUGAACAUUUUCUUUGAGGAGGAUGAGCAGUUGGACAAAGUGAUGGGCUUCUUGACAAGCCUGGUUGAAGCACAGACAACCAGAUGUCACAAUCAAGUGGCAUUCACUAUGGAUGUGCUUCUGCCAGAGGCAACCAUCCAUGCGCUUUCAGCUGUCCAUAAAUGUUGACUGGACAAAUCCACAGAAAUGUACAGCAAUGGGCUGCAGUAUGACUGGAGUGAGAGGCAGCUGAUGUCCUAUGCCAUGGAAAAAAAACAUGAGCAAGGAGGCAAAACAAAAACUGCUCAUAUACACGGACAAACUCAGAAAAGCUCUGAACUCAUCUGAAUUUUUGAAGAGGCUGUAGUAUUAUGUUGACAUUUUUUCUUUUUUUUUUGGAAGGUAUUUGUAAGGCCAAUAAAAGCUGUUGCUGGUUGUUUCAGUUGUCUGAACUUUUUUCUAAAG